GUAAUCCCAGACUUACUGGUACAGGGACAGUAACAGUGAAAGUCCAGGAUAUUAACGAUCACGAACCUCAGUUUGCCCGAUCCUUCUACGUGGGGCAUGUCAUCGAAGAGCUAGCGCCAUCUAUUGCUGUGGUUCAAGUUACAGCAAAUGAUGAUGAUGAAAACGCAAAUGCAGUGAUAAACUACAGCCUUGUGGAUAGUAUCAGCAACAAGUUCACCAUAAAUAGCAUCACUGGACAGAUCUCAACAACAUCUCCCCUGGAUCGUGAGGAACAGGCAGAGUACCAACUGGUUGCCAUAGCAACGGAUGGGGGUAGUAUCCCAUACACAAGCACAGUGUCCGUUACUGUGGUUGUCGAAGAUAGGAAUGACAAUCGUCCAAAGUUUGAUGAGAGUGCAUAUAGCGUGUAUGCAACCAACCCUAUUAUAUCUAAUUCCUUCAUCCUUGGUGUUAUGGCAACAGAUGCUGAUGCUGGGAACAAUGGCGACAUAAGAUAUUCCUUAUUUGGUAGUGCCGCAAGCAAUUUCCAGAUUGACCCAACUUCGGGUGUUAUCACAGCUGCGAGACAACUUAGUGGCAGUACUGCCAUCUACAGUUUGAAUGUCCGGGCGACUGAUAGGGGUCAGAAUCCAUUGACAGAUGAGGCCACUGUUGAGAUUCGUCCACUUCCUUCUGGUACAACAAAUUACCCAGCAUUCAACUCUGGUUUACGCAGCUUUAAUAUCCCAGAAGACACAAAUGUCGAUUACAUCAUCACACAACUGACUGGAACUUCCCCGAAAAAUGGCGCUUCUCUUAGUUACCAUAUUGCUGGUGGAAAUAUAGAUGGCGUUUUCAUCAUACAGAAUCAUAAUGGCGUCUUAAAGGUGAAGAAAGCAUUGGAUUACGAAGCUAUAAAAGUUUACAAGUUGUGGAUCCAGGUUAGAGAUUCGAGCACACCUCCAUUGUUUGCAAACACAAUGGUUACCAUAACGAUAUCUGAUAAGAAUGACAACCCACCCAUAUUUGGACAGUUGAAUUACAAUACCAGCGUCGUCGAGGGAGAGGAUGCUCCAGUUACCAUAGAAACGGUACAGGCAACUGACAUAGACUCGGAACAGAAUGGCCGCAUAAGAUAUUCCAUUGUUGGAGGUAACACAGGGAAUGAGUUUAGAAUCCACCAGGAGACAGGUCUCAUACAGACAACACAGAGCCUUGAUAGAGAGACCAUUGACCAAUUCUGUCUGGUCAUACAGGCACAAGAUCAGGGCAGCCCAUCACUAUUGGCAACCUCAACUGUUGACAUCUGGGUAAUUGAUGUGAAUGACCAACCACCACGAUUCACCAGCCUCUUCAUCACAGAAAUACCAGAAAACGCUCCAAUCGGCUCUUUUGUCAUCCGUAUAACAUCAACUGAUGCAGAUAUCGGGCAAAAUGCUCUUGUGACGUAUAAUAUUGAAGAAAAUGAUCAGUUUGGAAUUGAUCCAACCAGUGGGAAUGUUACAGUUAUAGGAAAGCUGGACUGGGAAUCCAAACGUCAAUAUGAGCUUCAAGUCUCUGGGACCGAUGAUGCAUGGAGGAUAUUCACAACACUCAACAUAGAUGUCACUGAUGUGAAUGAUAUGACACCACAGUUCUCUCAAAGCUUCUAUGUAUUUGAUUAUGUGGAGCUACAGGCUGAAGGGACAGUGAUCGGCACAGUUGAGGCCACUGACAGAGACUCACAAGGUCCCAAUUCAGAUGUCUACUAUACGCUUAAAACUGCAACUAGAUUGUUCAAAAUUGACCAAUCAACUGGUGUGAUCUCAUCCAGAGCCUCUAUAUCUUAUAAACCAAUUAUUCCUGAUAAUCGUUACCAGCUUGUUACCAUGGCAACUGACCGUGGUGACCCUCCAAAAUCUAGCGAGGUCACAGUUACAGUUGUGGUAAAAGAAGCCAAUAAAUACGCUCCAGUGUUUGCUGAUGUUGAUUAUAAGAUUCCCGUUGUUGAGACAGCACAGUCAGGUGACCUCAUCAUGCAGAUCACAGCGUGGGAUGAUCGCGAUCAUGGCACCAACGCAGAGGUGGAAUACUACAACAAUGGUGGAGCAGACUCCUCAUACGUCCGUGUUGAGAAAUUCACUGGGAAUGUUAUCCUUACCCAGGAAGUAUCUGAUAAGGUCAAUGAAGAGCUAGAGAUCAACAUCAAAGCACAAGAUAAAGGAGUACCAGUACUGUUCAAUACAACAACCCUAACACUGCAGAUAACUGAGACAAACAGACAGACUCCACAGUUCACAAACCCUCAAUGGUUCGUUGAGAUACCAGAAAACAAAGCCAAGGGCUCUGUGAUUGCAACGAUAACAGCUGUAGAUGAUGACUCUGGUGCUAACGGCCUGAUAUCUUAUUAUAUAGAAGACAGCCAGUUAUUCUCCAUUGAUGAGAGUCAAGGGUACAUCACUGUGGAAGGUGCUAUCGACUAUGAGACUUCAAAGGCGUAUGAGUUAAACAUCACUGCUAGAGACAGAGGAGCCAUACCUAAGGAAGUCUCCAGGAUCUUCACUGUUAACCUACGUGAUAUCAAUGACAACCCACCUACAUUUAACCAGACAUCAUACAAGGCUUAUGUCUCAGAGAAUUCCCCAAGUGGAACUGAGGUAUUCACAGCCAUCGCUGUAGAUCUCGACACAAAUCCUGUUAUCAAAUAUGAGCUCUCAGGCUCAACGGAAGCAUUGGAUAAGUUCUUCAUCAAUGAGAACACUGGAGUGAUAAAGUCCCAGGGAAAUAUUGACUAUGAACAGAGAGUCAGUUACACCAUGGAGGUCACUGCCAUUAAUCCUGGCACCAUCUUGCAGAAUGUAACUACAGUUACCGUAUAUGUACUGGGUGUUAAUGAGUUUAUCCCACGAUUCACUCAGCCUCGUUAUGGAUUCAUUGUCAGUGAAUCGGCUGAUGAGGGUUACCUCGUUGGUUCCGUAUUGGCUAAAGAUGAUGAUUCUGGUCUAGAUGGAGUUGUGGAAUAUUUUCUUAUUGGUGAUAGCAACCUUAAAGGGUUUGCAAUCAAUGAGAAAACUGGUGUGAUAACCGUAUCAACAAAACUCGACCAUGAAUCUGAGGGUCAGAUUGUUGUUGAAAUCCUGGCCAAAAAUCAUGGUGGUAUCCAUGGUAAUGAUACUGACACUUGUGAGGUAACAAUUACAAUCCAAGAUGCUAACGAUGCGCCAUUGUUCACCCAGACACUGUUCGAAGAUUACAUUCGAGAAGAUUCUGCCACAGAUGUCCAAGUGACCCAAGUAACUGCCAACGAUAAUGAUCUCGCCAGUAGCGACAACCAGUUCUCGUACACCUUCCUGUCUGGCAACAUCGAGGAUCAGUUCACCAUAGACAGCACUAGCGGCUGGAUCAGCCUUGCCAAGAAACUGGAUCGGGAAACUAUCGCAACAUACAAUCUCACUGUCGCUGCCAUUGACUCUGGGACUCCACCUCAAACUGGUUCAACAGAAGUAAAGAUCUAUGUCACAGAUGUGAAUGACAAUGCCCCCUAUUUCCUGCCUUCUGUCCCCACUGGGAAAGUCUUGGAGGGAAAAUCUGAAUUCAGCACAGUAAUUGACCUUUCUCAGUACACAAAUGACCUUGACCUUGCUCCCAACCAGGGACCCUAUAGGUAUACCCUGAUGGAUCAUGGUGAUACAUUCAGUGUUGCUACGACAACUGGAAUCAUCAGGACAACACGUGUGUUAGACAGAGAGACUCAAGCCCAGUACAUGCUCAAUGUAGAAGUGAAAGAUAAUGGGAUUCCCACUCAGACGUCCUUCUUACAGGUACGUGUAUUGGUGUCUGACCAGAAUGAUUCGCCAGCUGAUUCACGCCUACUUAAGAUCUAUGUGAAUAUGCAAGAUGGCGUAUUUGAUGGAGGAAUUGUCGGCAAUGUGCGACCGCUCGAUCCAGAUUCUAGCGGAGACUACCAAUGUGAUAUCAUAGGUGGAGACACCAGUGUGUUCAGCGUGACAUCAGACUGUAACCUGCAGUCGACUAGAGUGGAGGUUGAGUCUCAGUUUGCAUUGAAUAUCAGUGGAAAUGAUGGUGUAUAUUCUACAGUGUAUUCACCCGUCACUGUACAUUUUAGCUCAUUUACCCAAGAUACCGUGGAUAACACAUUGGUGCUCCAGUUGCGCAAUAUCACAAUUAAAGCCUUUAUGUUGGAGGCCUACCAGAGACUAGUACAAUCUUUCAGUAAUGUAUUUCCUGAUGGCCAAACAGUUAUGCUGUAUGGAUUUGAGCAAAGUGACGAUGAUUUAAAUCUAUUUGUGGCAGUUCGUGAACAAAAUGGCGGAUAUGUGUUUAAGUCAGUAGUUCAGAGUAAGAUAGAUUUGAAUAAAAGGGCAAUGGAGAUAGAAUGCGGUGUUGUAUUCUCAAGUACUGGAUUUUCAGAAUGUGGGGUCAACCAAUGUAGUUCAGGGGGUGAGUGCCAGGAUGUAAUUGAAAUCAACGAAGGAUAUAACAUUUAUGAUGGACCUCAUCAAAUCGUGACAUCUCCUGAAAUUGUGUACACAUUCACAUGUGCUUGCCCUGAAGGUUUCACCGGACAGAAUUGUGAAACUCGGUUAGCUAGCUGCACUGAAAACCCAUGUCAACAUGGAGCAACAUGUUACAUCGACGAUGGAAACCAUAAAUGUAUCUGCCCUCCUAACUACACCGGCGACACCUGUGGUGAUGAUGUCAAUGAAUGCUCCCAGAUGCCGUGUAAGAACACAGGGACUUGUCACAAUACAAUCGGAUCAUUCUAUUGUGAUUGUGUCAUCGGGUAUUCUGGUAAAACUUGCGAGGAUAUCCUUGGGUUCUGCCAAAGUCAGCCAUGUUUGAAUGGAGGAUUAUGCCUCAAUGAGGAUUCUGGGUACACGUGUGAUUGUGACUUUGGCGAUGCUGGAUCACGCUGUGAGAUCGCCAGUCGUAACUUUGAAGCGACGUCCUACAUGGAAUAUACGACCACCAUAAAUAACCGUGAGACAAACAGUAUCGCAAUGGAGUUCUCGACAGUGAAGAAAAAUGCUCUGUUGCUAUAUCACCCUGGAGAAGCUGGAUACGACAAGGACUUCAUCGCUAUAGAGAUCAUUGAUGGCAAAAUCCAGUUCUCGUUUAAUCUGGGAGUCGGAGAAGUGACACGUAUGACUCUUCAGAAAGUAGUGACUGAUGGGAAAUGGUAUCGUUUGAUGGCUAACAGAAAUGGAAAGAGUGGGAACCUAAUGGUUACAGAGUGUCCAGAAAGUCUUGCUGAGUGUGACGCCUGCAUACAGGGUGACCCAAACUGCUACGUUUCAGCCACCAGCCAGGGAAAUAACCAAAUGCUUGAUGUUGGCGCCAGUGGUAAUGCGUUAAGUAUUGGUGGGAUCCGCUACAUCGAAACAAUCCUGGAUCGACCAGGUCAGAUCCAAACACACGACUUCAUCGGAUGUCUCCGAAAUAUCACAGUUGAAGGAACGCAGCUUUUUGACAUCCAACCACGUGCCAUGAAUCAUACUUCUAACAAGUGCAAGAGGCAGUCCCUGGCUGGGGCCUGUUCUGGAGAUGUGUGUAAUAAUCGUGGGGUUUGCAUUGAUGAGUGGGCGACACAUCGCUGUCAAUGUGAACCCGGGUUUUCUGGAUCUAACUGUGCAAAAGACGGAGGCUCUUUCACAUUUGGCAGCAAUGCCUUUGUUCAACUUAAACUAAAGGAGAGCUACAAACGAGACCAGAUGUUGGCGCAAUCAUCACGCAAACGACGUGCUGUGCCUGUGACAUCAGAAACCAAGUCAAUCUCGAUGAACAUGAGAACUCAGAAGUCCAAUGGGAUGUUAUUCUAUGCAAAAUCUAACAGUGCUUACUCUUUGCUGGAGCUGGUAGAUGGCUCUGUGAGGUACAGUUUCAGCCCAGAUACUGGUGUUACAUCCUCAGUAAGGGUUACGAGUGUCAGUGUUGCAGACUCAGAGUGGCAUAACAUAUCUCUUGCCAUUACAGGUAACAUAGUAACCAUCACCAUUGACAACCAAUACCAAGAAGUUGAGAAAUAUUCCAUCAAGCCCCAUGACUUCCUGGGCAUUGAUGUACAGGAACUCUCAAUAGGGGGCUCUGAUAGUCUUGUCUUCUCUAAUGGCGUCAGGGUUUCUGGCUUCGAUGGUUGCAUGGAUGAGUUCCGCUUGAAUGGUGACGUACUCGACUUCAGCCAGGAUACAGAUCAGUUCGAAAUCGUAACAGUAGGUGGCGUAAGUGAGAGCUGUCCUUUGACGGCACCAUAUCAACAGGAACCUCUCAGUGUCGGGAUAAUAGCAGUGAUAUGUGUCAUCGGUGUCGUGAUCCUUGUUACCUUAGUGAUUGGAUUGAUUGUCUUCAAAAUGCGACGUAACAAAUUAGCAAAAACGAAAGGUGCUUUGACAAACAAACAAAUCAGUAACCUUGCUAAAACUGCAAAUGAUAGCAGUCGCAGCGUCCCAGAUUCUGGAUUCGGAGAUAACGCUGAUGGUGCUCAAGCACCUGAUGAGGUGAUUAUACGUCAACAUGUAAUGAAUGAGUUAACAUCUGGACAGUACAAUGAAAGAGCCAUAGAAGAUCGGCUCCCACCACGACCAGAUAUCAUUCAGUCUCGCACUAUUCCGACACCUCUUCAUAUUGGAGAUGGUACUAUCAUCAUAGAGGGCAGCACAGGGCCUGGAAAUUACGGGAUGGAUAAUGGGGCAUAUACUGAUACAUAUGAUGACGCUCCCCCUGAACAUUAUGACAUUGACAAUGCAAGUAGUAUAGCACCAUCGGAUAUAGACAUAGUGAAACAUUAUAAAGGCUACAGGGCUGGCCAAUUACGUAAAUACAAGCCCAAUAUGUAUACCCAACACCUUCAGGGCCAAAGGCAUGGGCCCCUGGGGCCUCCAGUCAGGGAGAGUCCACAUAAUCUUAACAGACAGUCUCCCAAUAAUCUCCUUAGGGAGAGUCCAGGUGUGUUGAGAAUGCAGAGCACGCCACUUAACAGACAAUCUCCGCAUCCCAUGAUGCACCCCUCUCGUCAUGAACCAGGGAUGCGUCAGAGCCCGAUGCCAAUAAAUGUGAAUCUUGCCAGGCAGAGUCCAAUGCCUAUUAACCCACACAAUCGUGGCCCAAGUCCCAUGAAUCAGCUGUCACGUGUGAGCCCCCACCCCUCCUCCAGACCCCCCUCUAGGGGUUCCCACAAUAUAGACUUACGUGCUAGUCCCCAUAGUUUACUGAACAAUCACCAUGGUAGCCCAAUACGAGAAAUCAAUGACUCUAUGAGCAAUGUUAGCAAUACAACCGCAAGCUCUGGUAUUUCACAUAGAGUUCGCUCACCUUUAGGAGCCCCAAAUGGUGGCCCAAGGUUAAAGGGCAAGGGAUUAACUCUGGAAGAAAUCAAUAGACUAAAUGCACGGCCGUUAUCAAGCCCUGCAAGCACAGCAGAUGCAAUCUCAAGCUCAACGGAGCACAGACGCGGCAAUAUAAUUAAACCUAAAACAUCUCCUAUAGAAAAUGACCAAGUGGCCAAUGAUGAUUCUUCUAGCGAUUCUCACAGUGAUGACUCAUUCACAUGUUCUGAAUACGAACCUGAUGAUGAGAAAGUUCGUAACGACAUGGACCCUAGUAUAUUAUUCUUGUCUCAACUUUCAGAGCUCCCUGGAGACAACAACAGCUCUUUCAGUAAAAGUGACUUGAACUCAAUCUCAGGCUCUCUAAGUACACUUCUGGUCUCCGACGAUGAAAGCUCAAAAUUUAAGAACAAAAUGAACGGUUCAUUAAAUUGGGAUUAUUUACUCAACUGGGGACCGAGCUUUGAAAAACUUGUUGGUGUGUUUAAGGAUAUAGCUCAGUUACCAGACACAGGGCCCCCUGGUGCUGACAAUCAGCGCCCUCUGGGCUCUGGAGUGAACAAUGUUAAUGUCUGUAAGGAGCCGGAAAGUGCCAAUACUACUUUAAAUAAAGGUCACCAGAGGAGUCUCUCAAGGGAGGAAUAUGUAUAGCAGCUCAAUGAGCAUUCUCCCAUAAAGUAAAAAUGGCACAACUAUUUUUGUAUGUUACAAGUUACAGCCCGUGCCUUAUUAUUGCCUUAAGAUAUGCAUUUUGAAGUUUGUAUGAAGAAAUUAGGAACAUUUGAAAAUUCUUUAAAAACCAUCUACAGAUCAUAACUUUCUUCAGUCGAAAGAUAGUUUGUGUAUCACAGAGGUAUAUAUUCUUUAAUACUGUAGUCUGUGUUUCUUAAGGCAAACAUCACAUUUUAUGCUUCAGAAUGACAAAAUUGUGUUGAUUCAUAUUAGGGAUGAAUGCAAUUUUGCCAUUCAUGCAGCUUUAACUUUAACUCUUUGAUAACUGUAUAUGGUAUGGUAUGUCCCAGUAAGGGCUGCAGAUCAGGCAGCAGGUAUCAAAGAGUUAAUUUUAUAACUUUCAAACUGUGUCUUUAUGAAACAGAAUAUCCUUUUUUAAAUAAAUGGCAUAAAAAGCUGUCUUAAACAUCAUAGUUUUAUAAUGUAUAUAGAUCACCUAGUUAUACUAAAUACACAUACAAUGUACUAAAUCCUAACUUUUAUACAUUCUUAGCUUUACUGUAUUCAUUAUGUAGUUUUACUGUUUUAGAAGAUUUUAGUUUAUGGAUUUCUCUUAUUUAUCUGGCUGCUAUGGUACACGAUAUUGAUCUAUGAGUUAUU